AGAUCGCAUAUUACAGAAUGCAAUCACUUCACCUUUGAAGAGUUCUCUGCCCCCAUUUAGGAUCUGUGCUUAUUUUUCAUACAUUGCAAAUCUGCACUUUUAUGUCCACAAGGAAGACAUUACUAGCUUCAAGAAGGGCAAUGUCAAUUAGGAGCAGGAAAACACAAAGUUGGCCAACUUUAGGAUUAUACUCAGACUUUAUGCAAUCUAACAUUUGAACAAAACUUGAACCUCUGAGGAAAACAAAUGGGGAUUCUGAUGAGCUCUUUUCCUUUUUUUUUUUAAUUGUUUGCCAAUCAUGUCUUCCUAAUUCUAAAGAAAAAAACCUCAAAGGAAAGGCUCAACAGGCUUCCUGGACAUCAAAUAGUUCAUACAAAACAACAUUCUGAUGACUUACAUGUAAAUAAAUCAGAAACAUAUGAAUUAAACUUCUCUAGAAAUACAUAUGGGUUGAAAAAUAGAAGUGCUGAGGAAAUGUGUUUUGGGUUUUGCUGAGCCCAUGACAUUUGAAAAAUAGUAUGAGACAUUGAACAAACACAAAGCAUGGCUUGACUUACCCAUUCCUAAUCUUAGCCUCCCAGUUCAAUGACAAAUCAAUGUACCAUGUGCCUAAAUAUGAGCCACCUUUGGUAUACUCCUCUACACUUAAUUACUUGCAGUUUAAAUUUUUUCAAUUAGAAGCUCAAAAAUAGCGUCACAUUUCAAGGAAAUGCAAAUCUUAGCGUUUUCUCACCUGCUUCGUUCACAUCAGACUAUUUUAGAAAAGACCACAGAUCAUCUUACCUUAGGAACAGUCAUACUGAUAGGGCCCACUUUGGUGUGACUGGCAUAUCACAGAAGGAAUGCAUCAGUAUUAAGAAAUUGUUCCAAGGUCAAGACUGCAUAUUAAGUCAAUGCCAGGGUUAAAACCUGAGGAGAUGGACAGCACUCGAGCUGCUCUGUUUCACUUCUAAGCUCUGUGGACAGGCAGUGGAAGUAUGAUUUCUCUUUUCUUCAAUGCCCUCAAGAGAGCUACCAUUAGGGAUUCUCAAUACGAAGACAAUUGCAUUAUCCUCAGAGCCCCUCGUAUCCUCUCUCCUCGAUAACUUGUUCCCUGCAUGUGGCUCAAGUUCAGAAGCAGAACCCAAGGGAAUAUAGGGAACAAAAACAGAGAGAGCUUUAGGCUUCACUCACUGAAUUGACAUGUACUUGGAUGAAAUUCUCCAUUUGCUGUUAGGGCUAGCACUGUCAUCUGAGAUUAUCAAUUUGAAGUUCUAGAAAGGUAAUAAAUUUCAUCUUUCCUGUCUAGGGAGGAGUUACUUUGGUUGUUUAAAACAUGUUUUAAUGUAUUUUUCCUAGUUCCUUCACUCAAACGGUGGUAAGAAGCUUGACAGGAUAGUUCGAUCAGCUAAUAUUUACUGGGUGCUUACCAUGGCCAGGUACUUGAAUAUGAUUCUGAACAAGAAUGAUGUGAGAUAGAAAAGUAAAGAGAUGACUACAAUGUGUGUAGUUUGAUGGAGGAAGUACAGACUACUAAAGGUAGACAUAGGAAGGGCACCUAUCCCACAUUUGGCCUGGAUGAAGUGAUGUCCGAAGAUGAAGAGGAAUUAAGCAGCCAGAAUGCAAGGGUUUAUGCCCCUUCAGCAAGCACUGCCGACUACAAUAGGGACUCGCCAGGUUAUCCUUCCUCAAAACCAGCAGCCAGCACUUUCCCUAGCUCCUUCUUCAUGCAAGAUGGCCAUCACAGCAGUGACCCUUGGAGCUCCUCCAGUGGGAUGAAUCAGCCUGGCUACGGAGGAAUGUUGGGCAAUUCUUCUCAUAUUCCACAGUCUAGCAGCUACUGCAGCCUGCAUCCACAUGAACGUUUGACCUAUCCAUCACACUCCUCAGCCGACAUCAAUUCCAGUCUUCCUCCAAUGUCCACUUUCCACCGUAGUGGUACAAACCAUUACAGCACCUCUUCCUGUACGCCUCCUGCCAACGGGACAGACAGUAUAAUGGCAAAUAGAGGAAGCGGGGCAGCAGGCAGCUCCCAGACUGGAGAUGCUCUGGGGAAAGCACUUGCUUCGAUCUAUUCUCCAGAUCACACUAACAACAGCUUUUCAUCAAACCCUUCAACUCCUGUUGGCUCUCCUCCUUCUCUCUCAGCAGGCACAGCUGUUUGGUCUAGAAAUGGAGGACAGGCCUCAUCAUCUCCUAAUUAUGAAGGACCCUUACACUCUUUGCAAAGCCGAAUUGAAGAUCGUUUAGAAAGACUGGAUGACGCUAUCCAUGUUCUCCGGAAUCAUGCAGUGGGCCCGUCCACAGCUAUGCCUGGUGGUCAUGGAGACAUGCAUGGGAUCAUUGGACCUUCUCAUAAUGGAGCAAUGGGUGGUCUGGGCUCAGGGUAUGGAACCGGUCUUCUAUCAGCCAACAGACAUUCACUCAUGGUGGGGGCCCAUCGUGAGGAUGGCGUGGCCCUGAGAGGCAGCCAUUCUCUUGUGCCAAACCAGGUUCCGGUUCCACAACUUCCUGUCCAGUCUGCAACUUCCCCUGACUUGAACCCACCCCAGGAUCCUUACAGAGGCAUGCCACCAGGUCUCCAGGGGCAGAGUGUCUCCUCCGGCAGCUCUGAGAUCAAAUCCGAUGAUGAGGGUGAUGAGAACCUGCAAGACACGAAAUCUUCUGAGGACAAGAAAUUAGAUGACGACAAGAAGGAUAUCAAAUCAAUUACUAGGUCAAGAUCUAGCAAUAAUGAUGAUGAAGACCUCACGCCAGAGCAGAAGGCGGAGCGUGAGAAGGAGCGGAGGAUGGCCAACAACGCCCGCGAGCGCCUGCGGGUCCGUGACAUCAACGAGGCUUUCAAGGAACUUGGCCGCAUGGUGCAACUCCACCUGAAGAGUGACAAGCCCCAGACCAAGCUCCUGAUCCUCCACCAGGCCGUGGCCGUCAUCCUCAGCCUGGAGCAGCAAGUCCGAGAAAGGAAUCUGAAUCCUAAAGCCGCUUGUCUGAAAAGAAGGGAGGAAGAGAAGGUGUCCUCGGAGCCACCCCCGCUGUCUUUGGCAGGCCCUCACCCUGGGAUGGGAGAUGCAUCGAAUCACAUGGGACAGAUGUAAAAGGGUCCAAGUUGCCACAUUGCUUCAUUAAAACAAGAGACCACUUCCUUAACAGCUGUACUAUCUUAAACCCACAUAAACACUUCUCCUUGAUCUCCUUUUUUGUAAUAUAAGACAAGUCUGAGUAGUUAUGAAUCACAGACGCAAGAGGUUUCAGCAUUCCCAGUUAUCAGAAAACAGACAAACAGAAAGAAAGAACGGAAAAAGUGCAACUUGAGGGACGACUCUCUUUAACAUAUCAUUCAGAAUGUGCAAAGCAGCAUGUGCAGGCUGAGACCCAGCCCAGAGACUGAAUGGCAAUCUCUCCACACUGUGGAACAAUGCAUUUGUGCCUAAACUUCUUUUGGAAAAAAAAAAAAUAUAAUUAAUUUGUAAGUCUGAAAAAAAAUAUUUAAUUUAAAAAAUUGUAAACUUGCAAUAAUGAAAAAGUGUACUUCUGAAGAAAACUACAUGAACGUUUUUGUUGGUAUUCAAGUCAGCUAGUGUUUAUAUAAUUACUGGAUAUCACAUGGGGAAGCUCGGCUGCCCUCGUAACAAAACCAGCAAACGUCCUGAUGACAACGAAGUGAUGACAUUAGCCAUUCCUUAGGGUAGGAAGAACAGAUGGAUCUUAUAGACCUAUGACAAAUAUAUAUAUAAAUAUAUAUAUAAAUAUAUAUUAAAAAUUUAGUGACUAUGGUAAGCUUUUGUUCAUUUGUUUCAGACUUUUUUCUCCUGUAAAAAAAUAGUACUGAUUAACUUUUUUAAAAGAAAGAUUUUACUGUAAAUACGGAAUUUUUUUGUUUUUUUUUUUGUUUUUUUUUUUUGUUUGGUUUGGUUUUGGUCUGAUUUCUGUCCCUUUUCCUGGUUUGUUAUCAUAACCUGUAGUGCCAACUCUGCUUCCAGAGGGGUAGUGCAGGAAGAAAUGCUGACCCUGAUGUUGCUUCUCAUGCGUAAAUAAAGUAGAAAGUUGUUUCUCCAGUCUUUUGGGAACACAGGACUUAAAAAGUCACAUCAUGUGUAGAUAUUACAAGCAGCAUUACCAAGACAUGGCAAAAAAAAAAAAAAAAAAGUUUGAUUGUAAUGUUGCGUUUGUGACCCUCUUCUGGGAUUUUCAGAGGUACAAGGUUAGAAUGCUACAAUGUUACCACUGUGCCUUCCAAUGUUUAUAUCAUCGGAAACAUAACAUAAUCAAAGUGGCUGUGAUUUAACAAGAUGAUUAAAGUGUUACCUACAUGUGUUGCCGAAGUAGUGUGCAGUGAGGUGUUUCUGAAUACAUGGUCAGAUUUUUGGAAAAAAGAAAAAACAAAAACAAACAAAAAAAAGCAAGUUCAAAAACCAUCAAAUGAGAAAAUUGCAAGUAGUGUGACAGAGCUGAUUGAUUUUGUUGCUUUCUCGAUAUUUGUUUUCCUUCAAAAUGGGUUGACUAAAAUGUAGACGACUUAACUGCCUCCUCCUUCGUUUGAACAAUGCCAAUAUUCAAUCAUCAUGCAGCACUAUAACAAGCCUUAGCAGUCCUAAAGCGUUAAGUUGCACUUUUGUGAGGAGGGCUAGUGCAGUAUUUCUCUGGCCAGUAUGAAUGAAGUUUCUACUUAACGUAUUUGAUAGAAACAUAGAUCAAGCUAUGGCACAGCAACUCAUCAGAUAGCUAGCUUUGACGUCUGGGCACAACUGAACCAACUUCCAUCUUGAAUCUUUCUAAUGAUUGACUUUGGUGUAUAGUACAGUAAACAAAUAGUGCUCCUAGUUAAGUAUUUGUCAGCAUCCUUUUGUCUCUAACUCGUUUCUAUUUUUACAGCCACACAAUCUUGGCAUGUAUUAAGGAAAAAAAAAAUCCCUGUUCAAGUAGUUUUUCCACCUAUCAGCACUGAGUAAAAUGCCAUAAAUCCAUCGAAAUGGUCUAAAUGUUCCAUCUGUUCUCCUGUUUUGCCAGUUAUAUAGUAAUGAAAUACAUUUGUAAAUUUUAUGCAACGAAUGGCAAACAAACGUAUCAUUAUUUUGAAAUUGUGUAUGUAAAAGUUAUAUUUUUACAUGUAGACUCUUGUUAUUAUGUGUUUUAAUACAUUGUAUCAGCUUUUGUUUUUUUAAACUGUGUGGUUAAAAAAAGAAAGUCUCAUUUAAAUAGUGAGCUACAAGAACCUGAAUUUUAUGUUCAUUGCUGAAAAUGUAAGAACAAAUAAGAUAGUUACCACGUGGUCAUCUUUUACAAACCCAUAAACAUUUUGAUUAGUUGUGCGUGUGUUGAAAACUGUAAAUACGUUCAGUAGCGAUAAAACUAAAAUACUUUGAUUUGUUGAUAAGUUCCUAAAAUGUGGAGGUGGAUUGAAAACAUUAGGAGAAGAGCAGAAAUCACACUUCAUGAAAAGUUGUUCAGGGGCUAUUGCUGUGAAAUGUAUGAACAAAGGGGCUCAGAGAAGGGCCUGGAAGACAGCGCUGUUUACUCUCUGCUCCUCCCUCAGUAAUGAAAACCGUUGUGUAGUUGUUUCCUCAGUCUGUUAAAGAUUUCCUUUUAGUGGUACAUUCUGCACUCAUUUUGUAUAGUUGACCAAGGCGGGUAUCCCUAGAAACAAUAUUAUAUAGGAAGCAGGUAUACUCUGAUCAAUUCAGGAUAAGUGUACAGAAGAAAGUGCGGUGUUUACUCUUUAGGGAACUGAAAACACUCCUUGCAUUGAUGUACAUUUUAAGAAAAGGCACUUUUGAUACCUGUUAUCAUGAAGGUGCUUUAUAGAGCUGAAUUAAAGUUUUUCAAAUCUGUAAACAAAGCAAAAAAUUAAAUUGUCAUUUGAUUAUUUUUUGAAUUGGUGCUUUAUAUUUUGUUCUCAUUCAAACAGAGUAAAAGCUGCAAUUUAUUGCUCACCAGCUUUGAUGUAUUCAUUACUCAGUAAUGUAAUACCUCUAUUGUUGAAUUCCCUUUGGAAAUAAGUGGAAAAGUAUUUCAACGGCCACCAAAAGCUGCUCACAACUUUUUUGCUUGGUGGAGAAACAUGAUCUGCACCUCUCCGUAUUAAUUGGGUGGUAUCCCCAUUAAAAACAGAUGAAAGGGAAUAUGGCCUUUUUAAUGUGUUUUUUCUUGUCGUUGUUUUGUAAUUAUCAAACCCAGGUAAGAUCUUGGUAUCCUGCGCUGGCUGUUCGAAUGCAAUUUAGCAAAAUAUAGGAUAAAAGUACUAUACAAAAAUGUCAUAUGGGUCCAGACCACACUAUAUAUGAUGAUAUAGAAGCUGGGGGUCUGUUUAAGAUACUUGAACUUGAAAAGCAACUUGGAACAGUUGAUCCACCUCCACAUUCAAGUAAUUUAUGAAUAUGCAGAAUAGGGAUCUGUUCAUCUAGGACUUUUUUUUACCAUUUGUCUUCUGUGUAGCUGCAAGGAACACUAAUGUUUUUACAACUGUCAGUCCACCCAGUGAUGCAACUUGGUCUGAUUCAGUCUUCCGAUUCUUGUUUUUCACUUUUUCCUAUCUCUUGAUUUUUAUUUUUAUUUGUGAUCUUUAUUUUGAUGAGGGGUUUGCGGGGGGGAGUGGGGAGGAAAUCGAAAGAAGACUUGGCUUAAGAGGAUUUCCGUCUUUGCAUCCAACAGGCAGAAUAUGAUCUGUGUCCAAAAGUGAACUUGAGUCAGGAAUGAAACCAUUUCAGCAUAAACAAGCACAAAAAUUUAGUCUGCUGGCUGACUGGAAGCAAACAAACAAAAAAGUCAAGAUGGAAUAUGAUGAAUUCCAACACAAUGGGGCACCAAGGCCUUUAGGCCUCUUUUUAUUUUGCUUUGGUUUUGUUUGUUUUUCUUUAGAGACAUGCUCUUUCUCAUGGGACUUGAAGUGGACUCAUCUUCGUGCAGUGCUGGUUUUGCCAUGCUCAUUUCAAGUAUUAUAGACAUAUGUAAUGGUGAAAAUAUAUGAACUGUGGCCUUUUUCAUUCUUGUUACUUGUGAUGCAAUUAAGUGAAGAUAAGGAAAAAAAAAAAAAAAGCAGAGAUUUACCAUGUAUCAGUGCCUGGCUUUUUGUUAUAAAGCUUUGUUUGUCUAGUGCUUUUUGCUAUAAAAUAGACUGUAGUACACCCUAGUAGAAAAAAAAAAAACCCUAAAUUUAAAAAUAAAAAAUAUAUUUGGCUUAUUUUUCGCAGGAGCAAUCCUUUUAUACCAUGAAUAUUACAAAAAAAAAAAAUUGUCAGAUUCUGAAUAUUUCUUCUUUGUAGAUUUUUGGAAUCAUUAUGAGUAAAAGUUUGUUACUUUAUUUUACUAUUUAAAAGAUGUUAUUUUACCAUGUGUUAUUGAGAUGAAACUGUAUGGUAGCUUUUUUUGUUUGUUUUUUGUUUUUUAUUUUAUUUUUUUUUUUAGUUGUAGGUCGCAGCGGGGAAAUUUUUUGCGACUGUACACAUAGCUGCAGCAUUAAAAACUAAAAAAAAAAUUGUUAAAAAAAGAAAAAAAGGGAAAACAUUUCAAAAAAAAAAAGAUUAACAGUUACACCUUGUUUUCAAUGUGUGGCUGAGUGCCUCGAUUUUUUCAUGUUUUUGGUGUAUUUCUGAUUUGUAGAUGUGUCCAAACAGGUUGUGUGCUGGAGUUCCUUCAAGACAAAAAUAAACCCAGCUUGGUCUAGGCCAUUACCUGUUUUCAUCUGUAGUUAUUCGAUGAAGUCAUGUACAUGACCGUUCUGUAGCAAUAAAUGUGCCAUUUUUAUAAACUGUU